UUUUGGCUCUGACUUAAAGAGCCAGGGGCCCAGCUGCCCUUUAGCCUGGCUAUAAAGGGCUAUAAAGGGCUACCUGGGGCCUCUGUGCAAACCAGACCCUGCGCCUGGCUUGUGGACACCAUGGUCGCCCCCACCACCAGCAUCCACCGGCUUUCCACUUCCGGCUCCGUCAAGGGCCUGUGUGUGCCCGGUUGGGGGUUUCUCUCGAUGUCUUCCAUCCGUGUUGGGGGUGCCUGCCGGCCCCCCAGCCUCCUGGGAGCCAGCAGCUCUGGCAACAUGUCUGUGUCCUCGUCCCGCUUCUCCGUGGGCGCGGGGGGCAGCUAUGGCAGGGGCUGCUCCUGCAGCCUGGGUGGGGGCUUUGGCUCCAGCUUUGGAGUGGCAGACGCCCUGCUGGGGGGCAGCGAGAAGGAGACCAUGCAGAACCUCAGCGACCGCCUGGCCUCCUACCUGGGCAAGGUGCGUGCUCUGGAGGCUAAUGCCGACCUGGAGGUGAAGAUCCACGACUGGUACAAGAAGCAGGGCUCCAGGCCCGCCCUCGACUACAGCCACUACGUCAAGACCAUCGAGGACCUGUGGAGCAAGAUCCUGGCGGCCACCAUCAACAAUGCCAACUUGGUGCUGCAGAUUGACAAUGCCCACCUGGCAGCCGAUGACUUCCGUACCAAGUAUGAGAUGGAGCUGAACCUGCGCAUGAGCCUGGAGGCCGACAUCAACGGCUUGCGCAGGGUGCUGGACGAGCUGACCCUGGCCAGAGCCGACCUGGAGAAGAUUGAGAACCUCAAGCAGGAGCUGGCCUACCUCCGGAAGGACCAUGAGGAGGAAGUGAAUGCCCUGCGAGGCCAGGUGGGUGGUGAGAUCAACGUGGAGAUGGACGCCGCCCCCGCUGUGGACCUGGGCCACAUCCUGAAUGAGAUGCACGACCAAUACGAGAAGAUCACGGAGAAGAACUGCAAGGACGCCGAGGACUGGUUCUUCAGCAAGACGGAGGAGCUGAACCGCGAGGUGGCCACCAACACCGAGGCCCUGCCGAGCAGCUGGGCAGAGAUCAUGGAGCCACGCCGCACCGUGCAGAACCUGGAGAUCGAGCUGCAGUCCCAGCUCAGCGUGAAAGUGUCGCUGGAGGGCAGCCUGGCAGAGACCGAGGCGCGCUACGGGGCCCAGCUGGCCCAGCUGCAGGGGCUUAGCAGCAGCAUCGAGGCCCAGCUGAGCGAGCUCUGCUGCAAGAUGGAGCGGCAGAACAAGGAGUACAAGACUCGGCUGGAGCAGGAGAUCGCCACCUACCGCCGCCUGCUGGAGGGCCAGGACGCCCAGUGA